AUGCAAUUGGAAGGCGCCGAAAACUCCGUCAGCGGCAUUGAGGUUGAUUUUUGCCGGCUUCGUAGGGGGACCUUCUGCGUUAUUAUCGUGUGUUUUAAGAAGUUGACGAUAAACGCCCAUCAUUUUGUGUCCGAAUUACCGAUGCUACCUCCUACGGCAGCUCCGGGUAGUUCCAUGUUUGGAGGGUUAAGACUUACGCAUAAGGUUCAGUUGCAGAUGGUGACAACCAGAGAGUUCUCUCUUUCUCGCAGUUUUGCAACUAAAAUCUCAUGCUCCACUGCUCAACAAGAAACUCUGCAAAUUGUCCAAAGCACUAUUGCAAAGCAGCUUUCUGUUGAUGAAAGCACUGUGACUGCCCAAACUAAAUUUGCAGAUCUGGGUGCUGAUUCUCUUGACACUGUUGAAAUUAUGAUGGCUUUAGAAGAGAAGUUUGGGAUUUCCGAGGAGGCUGAGAAUAUCUCCACCAUUCAAGAUGCUGCUGAUCUGAUCGAGAACGUGAAGGAUCAAUCCUAA